GGUUGACUGUUGUCAUGACAGUAGGGAGUGACAGAAGUAUAGUAGCAGUCGGUGAUGAACAACCGUUUAUGAAGUUGUUGUGAGGCAGAGACCGCUAUUCUCCAGCACACACACCGGAGAGGGGGGAGAGAGAGAGAGAGAGAGGAGAGAGAGAGAAAGAGAGAGGCGAGAGAAAGAGCGCUACGGUUAUUUCUCCCAGGCUCCGGUCAUGCCUGUGUGGUCGCUGGAGCAGGGAUGUCCUCUCAAACACUGUCGCUGAGAAAAUGGAUGUGUUGAACGGACCCGCGAACCGGGCUGAAUCCUCCUCACCAGCCGACUGUGUUUCCCUGAGUGACUGUGUGUGUUUGCACGACCACUGCGAACAACGUGACGCGCCAGCUCUGCACCAGCCGGGUCCAGGGGAACCGCAGUUGAAGGGCUGAGGAACUGGAGAUUUGACUGACAGCUGGUACACCGCUUACAGAAGGGGGAGAGAGGCGGCUGGGCAGUGGGGUCGUCGAGCCUGGCUGGCGCUGGGUGAAUGCUGCCUGGAGAGGACAGGGGCUGAGGAGAAGGCGGCAGCAUCAACUCGAUAAGGAGCAUGGCAUCCACGGGCAUGCAGAUAUUUGGAUUUGUCCUUGCGCUGUUGGGCAUCAUGGGUGCUAUGGUUGCCACUCUGCUGCCCAACUGGAAGGUCAGCGCAGAUGUGGGCUCCAACAUCAUCACAGCCAUUUCCCAGAUGCAGGGUCUGUGGAUGGACUGCACAUGGUACAGCACCGGCAUGUUCAGCUGCACACUCAAGUACUCUGUGCUUUCACUACCUGCGUACCUGCAGACUGCCCGCACCACCAUGGUGCUCUGCUGCGUGAUGGCUGCCAUGGGCCUCUGCCUUGCAUCCCUGGGACUAAAAUGCACACGUUGGGGAGGUGGACGGCGCUCCAAGCGACACGCUGCCAUUGCCAGUGGCGGCUGCUUUGUCGCUGCAGGUUUUCUGUGUCUGGUGCCGGCUUCCUGGUUUACCAACGAGGUCAUCACCAACUUCCUAGACUCCAAUGUGCCCGAGAGCAAUAAGUUUGAGCCUGGGGGUGCUGUGUACGUGGCCUUUGUUUCAGCUGGAUUCCUUUUUGUCGGUGGGUCCAUCUUCUGUAUGUCCUGCUCGGGGAAAAGGCAUGGCCCCCAGGACAUGGUCCUGCUCCCUCCCCCUGACAAACUGCUGUUCCAGCAGCAGCAGCAACAGCUGCUCCAGCAGGAGCUCCAGCACCAGUACUGCUCUCUCUCACCAUUAGACAAUAAGACCGGCUACAGCCUGCAGGACUAUGUGUAAUAAAGCAGCACUGUGUACGCUACGGCUAAAGGGAGACGAGCCUGAGGGGGAUCCAUCACGGCUUAUGCUACACACUAAGGCUCCUCUCCAGAUGGAGGUGGAGGAUGGCAACAACUUUGAAUUCAUUUUCCCUUCUCCUCUAUCUUGUUCUUCUCUCUUUUUCUGUUUUGCAAGCACAAGCAGUGGAGGUAUUCCCUAAGCAGCACCUUGGAACAAACAGUGUGAAUGUGUAAGAGCCGGGAGAAGGUGCUGCAGCAUCGAAGGAAGCCGCUAACCAAAUGCAGACAUCUUUCAUCAGUAAAUCACAGAAAGAGUUCCCUCGAGGAUGGAAAAAAGCAAUCAUUUAGCUGCUAUUUAGACGGUCUAUUUACAAUCGUCUGUUACCCUCUUAAUUUCCAAAAUAGGCAUUUUAAUGCCUACGAAAUCUUUUCAUAGCAAGCCAUUGUAGAUUUUCGUAAACUUAUCCACUAGAAUGCUACGAGGAAUCGAUUGAAAUAAAUAGUCAUAUUUUUGUUAGCUACUAGAAUGAUGUUGAUAUUUUGCCUCUAAAGCAUGCUGUGUGGAGCCUGUCUGUGUAUUAAUACAGCGGCAUGCCUGCCUGGUAGAAGACUGAGACAUAGCCACAAAAUGCCUGUGCCUGAAAAGCUGUAGAAACAUUACCCUGCUGUAACUGUUCAAAGAGGACUGUCGAGGACGAGAUGUGGACUGCUGGGCUGGAGAACAGACAGAAGAUGCAGACUAACAGUUGCCUGUUUCUCUCUGCGGCGGACAAUAUGAGAGAGACGGAGAGAAAUUGAUAGAAAGAGAUACAACCUUUAAGCAGAGUGGACUAUCUGCUGUUUAAUAUUUACAUCAAGACAAAAACAUAUUGCCUGUAAGUAGCAGCCACAGAUCAUUACCCAUUCCUGCACGCCCUCAUAGACAUGCACACCACACUCUCACUCGUGUGUGUUUUUGUACACAGUAAACACUCAGACAUGCCGGCUUUCUGCAUGUGCUUUUCACAUUCCUCCCCCGCACUGCCAUGGAAACAGAAUUCAGCAUUCAAAUAUCUGUAUUGUCCGGGGGUACAUGCAUGUCAGUCAUUGAUUUGGAGUUGUUUACGGGGGCAUCUUUCGCUCGAGGCAUGGCUCCAAAGGCUUUAAAUCAGAGCCUUAGCUCACACUACUUUCACUAAUCCCCUUUAUUAGUCAGUGACAUGAGGCAGCAUCCCUUUUACACGGUCACAGGUUUUGGAAAAUGCUGCUAUGGUGUCUAUACCAUGCGAGCAAUCUCACAGGGAUGAGCGGAUGUUUAAUGGUGCAUUGGCAGGCUGGCGAGGAGUAGGCGGAAAAGGGGAAGCUUCUUGAGACAAGGUCUGCUGGGUUGCUGUAAGGCAGGCAACUUAAAAAAAGGUAAGAGUCAUUCUCCAUAUGUGACUUGUUUUCAAAGUGCGUCAGCAGUGCGCAUAUGCUACAAGUCUGCACCUGCAGAGGGUCUCAGUUUCUUACAUUGAAACCACUUGACUGAGCCACCAUUCUUCUCUUUUCUACCUGCCACUCUCACAUUUGUUCCCCUCUGUGCUGUCUGUGUCACAUGAAUGUGAACGCUGACAAGAGAAAGCUGAUGCAUGUUGAAAGCAUGGCCACCCCGAUGCACACGCGCUCAUCACCAAAUCUCCCACCUACUCAUAUGUCAGUAGCACUGUUACGCUUUCCGACAGUGAUGAGUCUUCUGCUUGUUACUGAGGGAGGGAUAUAUGAGGUUUUCCUGCUGGAGACAGGCCUUGGCAGUGAUGUAAAGAACAGCACAUUCUCUCCUUCUCUCUCAUAAACAUGCAGCUUCCUGGGGGGGGAGCAGAUGGCAAAGCCCAGCUCGCCACCUGCAGGCUGCUGCCGGCACGCCACGGGCAUCUCUGUGGGCACCACUCUAGAGCCAGGUUUCUACCCCACCCCGACUUAUCUUGCCCAGCAUCGACGACAGCCGACAGAACGGGCCUCCUGACAAAAGCUCACUGCCCAGGCACCAUAACCAAUGCAAUAAACAAAGAAGAAUGUGCCAUGUCAUCGACUUAUACCGACACACGUUAUGUGUUUUGAGAAUGUGCCAAAUCGUUUCAUGAUGACACGUUUAAUACUAUCUGGAGUUCUUUGGGUUUAUUUUUUUAUUGCGUUGUUUGUACAUGAAUUAUACAUCAGCAAAUGUUUUAUGGAUUUGUGAUUUGUUCUGCUAGACUUAAGUCUCAAGUCGACUAGAUGCUUGUGUACGGUCCAGUGCAGCUUUCGAGUUUUGAGGGUUAUUUUAAAUCCUCUUUAUUCCUCAUUUCCCAAAGCACAGCAAGACUUCCCCGGGAUAAGAGUUUCAUUGGAAAGACAUGUGUGGUAUUUUCUAUAUAUAUAUUUUGUAUUUGUUUCAGGAUUUCUGGUUUUACUUUAAGUCUGUGACAACUGUACACAAGUAUCUGGGCUUUCGAUGUGUUUGUUUAAACUGAGGGAUCAGGAUUCUCUCACAUUGUUUCAAUAUAAAAUACAAUUUCAUGUUCAUAUCUUCUUUAUAAGAAGACUCCUCGAUGCACCUUUGCUUGUGUUACUUUAUUCAACAGGAGUUUGUUACCAACGGCUGAGCAUUCCAAUAUCCCUGGACCAAUACAUAACACUUGGGCACGCUGGAAAACAAAAAGGGAACUUUCUGUCUGGAUUCAGAAAGAGAAUAGGAGCUAUAGAUCAGCACGUGAUUCCAUUAGCUUAUAAUCGGCCAUAGUGCAAGGUGACUAGGUCCUAAAAGUUCAAAAGAGUUAAUACUCCUGCGUAUACUGUACCAAAACAUUGGUUUAUCAUUUUGAUAACUGCAGCUUAUUUUUGUGAAUGCUUUAGCACUUCUUACUUUGCCAGAGCAUAUUUGUGAUGAUUAACAGUUCACAGGUUCUGAUACAGUUGUCUCAAUGUGCUUGUGCAAGUAGUUCUAUUUUUUACCAAUAAAACUAUUUUGUGAAAGCAA